AGAGGCAAUCCCGUGCUCUCUCACAUCAGGAACGUGAGGUGGGCCUUCGGGGAAAUCACGCCCGACUAUCUCCUCUCCCCCUCCUCCUGCGCCCUCUUCCUCUCCCUCCGAUACCACUUACUCCACCCAGACUACCUCUAUUUCCGAAUCAGGUAAGUGUUAGUCAGGGGUAUGGGUUUGGGUAUGGGUUUGGAGAGAUCACGCCAGACUAUCUCCUCUCCCCCUCCUCCUGCGCCCUCUUCCUCUCGCUCCGAUACCACCUGCUUCACCCAGACUACCUCUAUUUUCGAAUCAGGGAGCUGCAGAAGAGCUUCCGCCUGCGAAUCGUGCUGUGCCACGUGGACGUUGAUGACGUCACCAAGCCCUUGCAUGAUAUCACCGAGACAGCAGGGUCACAUGGAUCAUUUGGGAAGGAGGGGAUG